ACAAAUGGUACUUCGAGCUUGGAACGAGCAUGAAGAGAUUAACGAUACUUCUUUAUCUUUUGAGUUGUUCUGCCGGAUCGGUCGCUCAAGAUCUUUGGUCUUUAUCCGUACCCGAUGAAAAAAAUGGGAUCACUUCUUAUGGACUCGUUGAGAAUGAUUCUGAUCUAGUUCAUGGCCUAUUAGAAGUAGAGGGCGCUCUGGUGGGAUCUUCACGGACAGAAAAAGAUUGCAGUCAGUUUGAUAAUGAUCGAGUGACAUUGCUUCUUCGGCCCGAACCGAGGAAUCCCUUAGAUAUGAUGCAAAAGGGCUCUUGGUCUAUCCUUGAUCAGAGAUUUCUCUAUGAAAAAUAUGAAUCGGAGUUUGAAGAAGGGGAGGGAGAAGGAGCCCUUGACCCGCAGGAGGAUUUAUUCAAUCACAUAGUUUGGGCUCCUAGAAUAUGGCGCCCUUGGGGCUUUCUAUUUGAUUGUAUCGAAAGGCCCAAUGAAUUGGGAUUUCCCUAUUGGUCCAGGUCAUUUCGGGGCAAGCGGAUCAUUUAUGAUGAAGAGGAUGAGCUUCAAGAGAAUGAUUCGGGGUUCUUGCAGAGUGGAACCAUGCAGUACCAGACACGAGAUAGAUCUCAAGGCCUUUUUCGAAUAAGCCACUUCAUUUGGGACCCUGCAAAUCCACUCUUUUUCCUAUACAAAGAUCCCCCUGGCUCUGUGUUUUCACAUCGAGAAUUAUUUGCAGAUGAAGAGAUGUCAAAGGGGCUUCUUACUUCCCAAACAGAUCCUCCUACAUCUCUAUAUAAACGCUGGUUUAUCAAGAAUACGCAAGAAAAGCACUUCAAAUUGUUGAUUAAUCGUCAGAGAUGUCUUAGAACCAAUAGUUCAUUAUCUAAUGGAUCUUUCCGUUCUAAUACUCUAUCCGAGAGUUAUCAGUAUUUAUCAAAUCUGUUCCUAUCUAACGAAACGCUAUUGGCUCAAAUGCCAAAGACAUUGUUGAGAAAAAGAUGGCUUUUCCCGGAUGAAAUGAAAAUUUGAUUCAUAUAA